AUGCUUGACUCCAACAUGGUUGCUACACUCUUUGCUAGUCCUUGUUCAUCAAGUACAGCAACGUUAAGCAAUGGUCGAACAUUUCCAUCAACACAUGGCUCAUUGGAUGGUAGUGAUCCAUCGCCUAUUGCUUCAAGUCACUUGCCUUGGAAUGACCAUUCACAACGAGGAUCGAUCUCGUAUGAAUAUGGAGGCGGAGGAGGCGAUCAUGCGCAAUUGAUAUCAACAUUAAUUCAUGUUGUUAUCCGUCAUGGAAGGAAUGAGAUGAUAAAAGGCAUAUAUGUAAUAAAAUUUUAUAGUUAA